AUGAUUAGUUUAAUAACCUUAUUAUCUUAGAAUUUGUAAUUAAACUAUUUAAGUGCUAUAGAAAACCAAUCAUAAGUUUAACCUUUUUUCUCUAUAAGUUAGAGCAAUGUUUUAAUAUAGUAGUCAUCUUUUGACUCAAAUAGACUUCUUAAUCCAUCUCUAGGAGGAGGUGUUUUUUAUUUUAUAUCUUCUUAAGUAAAUAUUUCAAACAGUACAUUUUCUAAGAAUUCAGCCUAAAAUGGAGGAUCUCUUUAUUUUAUUGACUAAUGCGUUGGUUUAAUUUCUAAUACUACUUUUAUUAGCAAUUAUGCUAGGGAAAAUGGAGGAGUACUUAUUCUAAAUAACUCUGAUAUUCAAAUAUAAAAGACAAUCUUUUAAUUUAAUAAAGCUUUGAUAGGAGGAGUUGUAAGAUAUUUAACAUUUUAACCAAAGUUUUUGUAAAAAAGUAGUAAAAACAAAAUUUUAGAUACAUGCGGAACUAUUUUUGAAAAUGUUUGUUAAUAAAAUUAAGGUUUGUUUUAUGGAAAUAAUUUUGGUUCUUAUCCAUAAACUAUUAAAAUAAAUAAUAUAACAAUAGAAAAUAAUGGAGUAUAUACGUUUGAAAAUGUACAAAGUGGAACUUAAGGCCAAAUUUUAGAAAUUUAAUUGUUUGAUGAAGAAGGAAGUUUAGUAAAAUUAUAAAAUAAUGAUAUUUUGCCAUCAAGUAUAACUUAAGAGUUUUAAUAUUAUUAAGUUGCUUUGUAUGAACUAUAUUAAGUAAAUUAAUAACAAGAUAUUUCUUAAAGAGAUUUAAAGUUAGAUGGUACAACAUUAAAAUAAUUUUAAACUGAUAAAUUUCUAUUAAACUAAUACUCAGCAUCAGGAUAAAUUGGGAAAAAAGGCGAAGCUGUUUUAUUUAUUUAUGGCUUUGAGCUUUUAUCAAAUAAAAGUUUAAGAUUUACUGAUCCUUUGAUUAUUUUUAUCAACUACAUAUUUAGAUAGUGCUAGGUAGGUGAGAUAGUUUAGCCUGCCUGCACUAAUUGCUCUUUAGUAAAUUGUUACACUUGUUAAAAUGGGACUUACUCUAUUUAAGAUACUACAUAAAAUUCAAAUAAUUUACAAUGUAAACCAUGCGAUUAUAAAUCUUGUGAUUAUUGUGAGGGAAAUAAAAUAUCUUUAAAGAAAGGAUUUUGGAGAUUAAAUUAAUAAGAUGACAAUAUUAUUCCAUGUGGUAAGUCUUAAGAUUUAUGUAAUGGUUAAGAGGAUACUAAUUAUUGCUCUGAAGGAUAAAUAGGUCCAUUAUGUUAGACUUGUGAUUAUUUAGGAUAGUUUUGGAAUAGCUCAUAUGCUGAAAAUAAUUUAGAUAAUAAAUGCUUUAAGUGUGGUUCCGAAUCAUAAUAUAUAGCUGCAUAGUUCUUUCUAAGCAUUAUAACAUUAUUAUAUUUGACAUAUAUUUUUUAUGAGACAAAAGUAAAUCUAAAUUUGAUGGCUAAAGCUCUAAUUUUAGAUAGAAUAGGAUUAAUAAGACUAGGAACUUCAGGAUAAAUAGGUGAAAAAUCUUUUUACAAUUACUUCAAUAUUCUCACCUGUAAGCUCAAAUUAAAAUUUACUUGA